UAUAUUAAUAAAUUGUAAAUAUUAACUAAUUUCUCAUUUGAAUUUCAUAUACUUGUAUAUAUAUUGUGACUGUUUUCUGUAAAACAAAUAAAUAAAUAACUCUAUGUAUCGGUUGAGUUGUAUUGUGGUAGCUAUCAGUGUAUGUAAUAGAUAUAAUUAUCAGCACCGGUAUAGACAACUUAUAUUAGUAAAAAAUAGAAAAUUAAUUGAAUGGCUGUCAAACCAAUCGCCGAUAGUUGGUCUGAGAUGUGCCCAACAAAUGGCCAAAAAGAAUCAACCGUUUGAUCAGAAAAUAGACAAAAAUAUUAAUUGUGUUGAAUCAGCUAUUGAGAAAAAAUGUCGACCGUUUAUGGUUACUGUUCUCAAACUAUCGAUAUCUGAUCAUUUAAGUAACACAGCAAACGCCAGUGGUUUCAUAGUGGACAACAAGUUAGGCCUAAUUGUGACCAAUGAUCACGUUGUCGAAGGAAUCGAUUUUGUAACUGUUUGUCUAUUUAAUGAAACUCUAAGAUAUUGUGACGUCUUUAUUGACGAUCAAAAUCAAACAAUUAUUAAAGGAAUUUAUGGCCGAGUAGUCUAUACGGCACCCGAUCGCGAUCUGGCUCUCAUUCAAUUGCCGCCCAUUCGGCCCAAUGUGCUACCUGUAUGCGAGUUUACUACCGAUUGCCAACCGGGCGAUCCCAUUGUGUCACUGUCCUGUGCAGCGCCGGGUCGAUGUUUAACUAUAGACGGUAUUGUCCAAAAACUGGAUAAGCUAUUGAACAUAGACUCAAGUAAUCAACAAAUUAAAGGUAUUACCGGCAGAUGCGAUAUAUUAUUAAAAACUGGUUUUACACGGUUAGGCUAUUCCGGCGGUCCAGUAGUCAACAUGUUGUCGGGACAGGUAGUUGGCGUACAUAAGGCAGAUUUACUUGGGAGCUCCCAUUUUUCAAUAGCUAUCGGUGCUAAAACUGCUAUGGAUUUUAUAAAUGAAGGCACUGACUAUCUAUUGGCCAAAAGUGCUGAAGUUAUAGCCAAAAAGCACCGGAAACCUAUCAAACGUAAAACAUUGGGUAUAGUUUUGGUGGACAACCAGAUAGUGGAUAUAACUUUCUCAAGUCUGACCAUUAGACAAAAUUUAAGAGUUUCCGAUAGAAUUAUUUCCUAUAAUAAGAUGCCGUUCACGACAUUGGAGGCGAUGUCCGAUCACAUCCAACAAUUGCCAGACAAUAUACCACAGAUAGUACUAACAGUUUAUCGACAAUCAAAUAGUCAAAUAUUGUCUAACAAAGUACAGCCGAUAAUUGUUGAACAGUUUGAAUGUUAGACUGUUUAUUAUUAAUACUAUUAAUAUACUAUUGUAUUUAAAAUAAAUGCU